AUGGACUUCCCCAGAUUCUCUGCGUCCACAGUUCAUUUAGAUCAUAUCACAACAGCAUUAAAUUGUUUAACUCCAUUUGGUGGAAACUAUGAUGAUUCUUCAAAUUCUGGAUAUUCGAAUACGUCAACUAAUAUAUCUCACAAUCUAAAUAAAGUUGGUUACAGUAUUGGUGGAGGCGGGUCCUCUUCAAUAAAUAAUGAUGAUGUAAUGAUCUAUAUAGACAGAGAUGGUUUAUCCUUUAUUAGGGAUUAUCAUGGUUCGAUUAGAAUACAAUUAUUGUUAUCUAGAGAAUUAUUUUUAUCCUAUACUUUUAAUGAUGAUCAAACCAUAUCAACAACAGUUGAUGCAAGUGAUAGUCACCAUAACAAUAAUAAUAUAUUAGAUGAAUCGGAUUGUAUGAAACUUUGUAUCAAAUUGAGUCAUUUACUAGAUACUAUCAAUGUAGUCAACAAAAACCAAGACGAUAUAAUUGAAUGCACAAUGAAUUAUGAUGGUUAUGGAUCAGUGUUCUCUCUUAUUUUGCAGGAUUCACUUGUCGAGGAAAAAGUUUCCUAUUCAACAUAUCUAUUUAAUGAAGCUUUAAAGGAUAAAGAAGCUGAGUUAUUGCAAUUACAGCGUGAUUUGGUUCAAUUUGAAUGCAUAAUCAAAGGUGAUAUUUUAUAUAAUGCAUUAAGAGAUCUCAAAGAAUAUAACGCUAAGGAAUGUUAUCUUUAUGCGAAAGUCUCUUCGAGAGAGGACUAUAAUGAAAAUGUAUUUGCGUUAAUAGCAAAAUCUGAUAUUGGUUAUUCUAAGAUCAUCUUGCCUAACAAUAGAAAUAUUAUUGAAAAAUUAGAAAUCUUCGAUCUCUUAAAUGGUCAUAGUAAUAAUAAUAAACUAUUGUAUGAUGUUCCCAUAAUUGCAUAUUUUGAUUUCAACAGGUUUGACAAGAUAAGAUUGAGUUGCAGGAUUGCAUCAAAAGUCUUAAUUAGAUUAGAUACGAAUGGUGUCCUUGGGGUGAACAUUUUAAGUCAAACAAGUAAUAUAAUUAUUUCAAAUAAAAGACAAAAUAACAAUAAUAACAAUAUUUUGAAUCAACAAAACUCUAAUAACAUAAACAAUAAUAGAAAACCUCAAUUACCUAUAGAUUAUCCAGGGGUAGUUAUUGAAAUCACAAUGCUUACAAAGGAUUCUUUAGAUAUAAUCGCUAAACAAGAUAUUGAAAUGUUAAUUGAUAUCACCUUAAAAAAUAUGAAAAAAUUGAGAAGCUUAACUAACGUAAAACGACCACAUCCUGCAACAAUUGAACCAUGGAAUCAAACUAAUAAUUUAUUAGGACUAUCUAACACAGCUUCUGACAAUUUUAAUAAUGAUAAUAACCCUAAUAGUAUGGAAGAUAGCAAGAGUGAGGCUGAAACUACCACAGAAGGUUUUACGUCGUCCGUGCAAUUUGAUAAUAUGGCGUUUCCAUUUUUUUAA